AUGGCUACCUUUGACAUCCCAACCGAGCAAUGGGCUCAGGUUGUCGAAAAAUCUGGCGGUCCCGCUGUCUACAAGAAGAUUCCCGUUCAAAAGCCCGGACCUGAUGAGGUACUCAUCAAUGUCAAGUACAGCGGAGUCUGCCACACUGACCUGCACGCCAUGAUGGGUGACUGGCCACUGGAGACCAAGAUGCCACUUGUCGGCGGCCACGAGGGUGCCGGAGUGGUGGUAGCCAAGGGCGAGCUUGUCAAGGACGUUGAGCUCGGCGACCAUGCCGGUAUCAAGUGGCUGAAUGGCAGCUGCCUGGCCUGUAGCUUCUGCAUGCAAGCCGACGAGCCCCUUUGCUCGCACGCACUUCUCUCUGGCUACACUGUCGACGGCAGUUUCCAGCAGUACGCCAUAGCCAAGGCGGCACACGUUGCCCAUCUCCCCAAAGAUUUGGAUCUCGAGGCUGUGGCCCCGGUCCUGUGCGCCGGCAUCACCGUCUACAAGGGCCUGAAGGAGUCAGGGGCUCGCCCCGGACAAUGGGUUGCCAUCGUCGGCGCUGGAGGAGGCCUGGGCAACAUGGCGAUUCAAUACGCCAAGGCCAUGGGCCUGAACGCAAUUGCAAUUGAUGGCGGGGCCGAGAAAGGCGCCGCCUGCAAGGAGCUUGGCGCCGCUGCGUACGUCGACUUCCUUUCCACCUCUGACUUGGUCAAGGAGGUGAAGGCGGCCACGCCCGAAGGCCUCGGCCCGCACGCCGUGCUCUUGUUAGCGGUAUCGGAGAAGCCCUUCCAGCAGGCAACAGAGUAUGUGCGCAGCAGGGGCACCGUCGUCUGCAUCGGUCUCCCCGCCAAGGCCUACCUCAAGGCGCCCGUCUUCGACACGGUCGUGAGGAUGAUCACGAUUAAGGGAAGCUACGUCGGCAACCGCCAGGACACGCAGGAGGCGAUCGACUUUUACGCGCGUGGUAUGAUCAAGGCGCCGUUCAAGACAGUCGGCCUGAGCCAGCUCCAGGACAUCUACACCAUGAUGCACGAAAACAAGGUCGUGGGCCGAAAUGGGGGGGCGGGCAGUGUGAUUCUCGCCAUAUUCGCCAUAUUCGGGAUAGAGCAUGAUGUUUCCUUGUUGAAUUUCCCCCUUAGGUCCGGCAUGCCCCCCGACUUGAUCUUGAUCUGGAUACUGGAGCUGGUUUGA